AUGACCAGCUCCAUCCAACAAUUCAUCACAAGCGCCAAGGCGCGUCCACCCAGACUCAUCCGCGACUACCUCUCACCCACAAACUCUCAUCUGCUCAGCCUCCUCCUCGCCGACGUCCUCCCCCAAUCCUGCUACCCCUACCCCCUCGCCUCCGCCUCGCCAAACCCCCUAAACUCCUCGUCCCCCUCCCCCCACCUCGCCGGCUCCAAGAGCCUUCCCCCCCUGCCCAACCUACCCCCCUGGGGCAAGCCCCUACCUCUGGGCCACCACCUCGUGUACUUCCCGCUGCAGGCCCGACCCUCCGAGCUAGCGUGGGACGGGGCCGACAACGACCAUGCGCCGGGUGCGCCGUACGUGAAGCGCAUGUGGGCGGGCGGGAAGAUGACGUUUAGAGAGGGUUGGGAGGAUGUGCUGAAGGUGGAUGGAAGGCCGGUCGUGGCAUUCGAGGAGAUUGGGGAUGCGAGGGUCGUUGAGAGGGGUGGGGAGGGGAAUGGGAUGGUGGUUAUGGAUUUGAAGAGGGGGUAUGGUGUUGAGGGUGAGGGAGGGGUGGCGAUUGAGGAGGUUAGGCGGUUGGUGUUUCUGCAGGGAGAGGGGGCCAAGAAGCCUCCCAUGAAGGCCGCAGCCAAGGAAAAGCCCGACUACUCGGUCACCUUGACUCCCUCGCCAUCUCUCCUCUUCAACUUCUCGGCACUAACGUACAACGCUCACCGCAUCCAUAUCGACCCCGAGUACGCGCGGUCCGAAAACCAUCCCGCUAUGCUCUUCCACGGACCGUUUAGCGUCGUGGUGGCACUGACGGUGCUCAACUCGCAGUUGGCACGUGGAGAGUCCGUCGAGGUGUAUGACUACAGGAACUUUAGGCCGUUGUACGUCGACCAGCCGUUGACUGUCUGUGUAAGGAGGAUUAGCGGCGCCGAUGGACAGGGAGGGAAGGGAAGCUGGGAUGUUUGGAUUGAGGGCACGGACGGGGGCAUCUCCGUUCGCGGUACGGUGACGACUGCGUUCCGCAGCGAGGCAUCGAAGUUGUGA